AUGAACCCCUACAUUAGCUGGGCAAUUUUGCUCGUUGUGGCAGGAGGCCUCGGUUGGUAUUACACCAAUGGCGCGUCCCCGAAGGCACAGACCGUGAUUCGAUCUACCGUGGAGAAGACCGAAGCCGCAGUUGCGCCGAAGAAGCAGAAGCGCAAGUCCAAGCCUGCCCCCGAGCCAGUCACUUCCAAGAAGUUCCCAGUGCAGACCGUCGUCUCACCCCCCGCCACCAAAGAUGACAAGCCGGAUGAGGAGAUUGACCGCAAGGAGAUGGCCCGCCGCAUGGCUGGCAUGAAGGCUGGACCCUCUGCUCCCUCGCCCGCCCCUACCAAGAGCCAGAAGAAGAACAAGAAGAAGGCGGGCCAGCUCGACCCCAGUGACACUCGUGCCUCUUCGACCACUGGCGCUGAGGCUGACGAUGAUCUGUCCCCUGCUGCCUCUCCCUCCGUCAACGCCACCGUCCCCUCCGCUGGAUACGUUUCCGACAUGUUGGAAGCUCCUGCCCCCGGCGCAUCUGUCCUCCGUGUGACUGGUAGCGUUGAAACCCAGCCCAAGAAGCAAAAGGCUCAGACCUUCAAGGAGGUUGAGACAAAGAAGCAGCGCCAGCAGCGUCUCAAGAACGAGGCUCGCAAGCAACAAGUCCAGGAAGCUGAGGUUGAGCGCAAGCGACUGCUUGAGAAGCAGCUCCACACUGCCCGUGAGGCCGAGCGUCGCGAGGCUGCCCGAUCCGCUGCCCCCGCUGCCAACGCCUGGCAGACGAAGGAAGCCCCUGCCGCGAAGGCCAACGGCGCCUCCCACCCCGUCCCCGUUGCCGCUGCGGCCGUCCCUGCCGCCUCGGUGGAUCUUCUGGACACUUUCGAGCCUUCUGCUCCUCCCAAGAAGUGGCAGCAGAACCUUCCGUCGGAGGAAGAGCAGAUGCGACUCCUCGAAGCUGCCAACGGCGAUGACGAGUGGACCACCGUCUCCAAGGCCAAGAAGCAACCCAAGAAGAAGAGUGGCAAGACUGAUGAGAGUGUCAGUGAGACCAGCGCCUCCGAGAACCAGUCCGCCCCUGCGGCCCCCGUUCCCGCUGAACCUCGCGUGACUGUGACCCCUACCUACCUUCCUGACAUCCUGCGUUCGCGCGAGAAGGGUCACCCUCUUGACUCGGACUGGGCUGCGUGA